GAGGGUCCGAUCAGUCAAACGACCAACCACCAGCUGGAAAUUAUGAGUGAACCCGAACGAGGCAAUUUCAAAUCGGUGCUCGGUAUGUUGUAUUUCUUCUACCCGAGGCAUUUGCGCUUGAUUCCUUUGUUUACCUCUGCAGCCUGUUGUCACUUGCCCGCCCGAUUGCUGGAGAAUUAUCCCCAGAUACCCAGGUAUAGAGACAUGAUGAAAGUGGCGUCAGCAUGAUCACAGUCACACGAACAGCCUUCCUCUUCCCCUUUCGCAUCUACCUGCACCCCGCACGUAAGAUCUUUAGCUUAUAAGCUCCCCCGGAUCCUCGCCCCAGGAUCCUUCUCCCCACCAACACCAGCAUCAGAAUCCUUCUCUCCACUAUACUCUCCUUACCCCAAACAUAAGCACAAUGACCUACUCAACCACCCCAAUUGACGUCCCCCGCGACGCCCAGCGCGUCUUCGAAGUGAUCAAAAAUCAAGGCAUUGCCCUCAUCCCCGGCAGCAUCGGCUACGGCCUGGUGGCCAGCGACCCAGCAGCCCUGGACCGCCUCUUCACAACGAAGCGCCGCAAACCACACAAGAAACACGCCAUGAUCGGAAGCUACGCGCUCCAUCAAGAAAUUCACAUCCUCCCGGCCCGCGAAGAGUCCAUGGUUCGAACCUUAACCGUGGAUCUGGAUGUGCCGGUCGGCGUCGCGGCCCCCUUUCGGCCCGACCACCCAAUCAUCCAGAAACUCGGCCCUGAGUUGCUCUCGCGCUGUACGCACGACGGCACCCUUUCCAUGCUAGUCAAUGGAGGACCCUUCCAGGAGGAACUCAUUCGGUUAUGCCAUGCAGCGGGAUUACCACUGCUCGGUUCGUCGGCCAACAUCUCAGGGUCGGGGAUGAAGGUCCGCAUUGAGGAUAUUGAGCCCGAGAUCGUGGAGGCUGCGGAUAUCGUCAUCGAUUAUGGGAAGCGCACAUUUAGUGUGCCGCGGGCGUCGUCGACUAUUAUCAACUUUCGGGAUAUGAAGCUCGUGCGGUAUGGCGCUUGCUAUGAUGUGAUUCAGGACGUAUUGAAGAAGUUCUAUGGUGUCGAGCUGCCGGAAGAUCCGGGCAAGGAGGAGCUAUUUUCGGGACAUGUUGAUGUUCAGCAGGCGACUGUGUAUUGAGAAGACACUUCAUUUACUACACUAUGCUCCAUAUACUGAGUGUAUACAUCACAAACCCACACUCAUAACCUACUAAGACACCC